AUGGAGAAGCAGCUGCUUCCAGAAAUGCAGGGAAACGCCUUAAUUCGCAGUAUUGAGGAAGAAUACAGGAAAGCCUUUUUAUACAUCAAUAAAGGUUUGAAUGCAGAUGAAAACGGCUACAAGGAAGAUGCACGGAACUUUUACAGACAAGGCCAGGAGCAUUUGCUCAGAGGAUUAGGCGUUCCCUUGCAUGCACCUGAGUAUGUUGGUCCAACUUGGGAUUCCGCAAGACAAAUGCAAGUAAAGAUGCAGGAGACUUUACAGAAUGUGAAUACCAGACUGAACAUCCUACAGCAGAGUAUGACUGGGCAUGUUCCAGAACCUUCUGCUGCACCAGCCCUUCCUCUAUACCCAUCAGUGCCAGCAGCAGAGAAGGAAAGGCCUGAAAGACCACCACUGCCAAAGAUGCCUCCAUUCCCUGCUGAGCCAGUAAGCGGCGUCUCCUGUAUACCAACAGACAAUCCAAUAAACACCUUAACAGACGGUGCUGUUGCACCACCAGCAUACACCCCCCAGGCCACUGAUGGACAUUUCACAGUCUCCUAUGGCACAGAGUCUGGGGAACACUCUAUAGUAGGAGAUGACUUCUAUUCAAUGACGGCACAGCCACCUCCGGUGCAGAGUUUGGGGGUUGAUGCAGAGGAACUUAUACUUAUUCCAAGAGGGGUUCAGAUCUUCUUUUUGUGACACCAGAUGGACUAGUGAGUGCCCCCUCAUAUCCUAGCUAUCUCCGUAUUAUCAAGUUCAUGGACACCAGCAGUGAAAUGGCUCAGAACCGGCCUCCAGCUUUUCUCCAGGUCUGUGAUUGGCUGUACCCUCUCAUGUGCACUCAGUCCCCUGUACUACGCUCUAACACAGGGGUCUACAUGUUCCCAGACAUGAUGUCCCAGAUCCCGGGAUCCUAUGUAGGGGUGGUACUCUCUGCUGAGCUGCCCGCCGCUGACCUGGAGCUCUUUGAUGAUCUUUUGAAACAAAUGUCUGACCUGAGGAUCCAGCCUAGUGAUGCAUCGGGAGAGGUCAUUGACUUAAGUCAGACUGUGCAUGUUGUCACUAUACCUGAACCAGAGCCUGAACCAAAGGAGAAAGAUGACCUGCCACCAUGGAGUGAGAAGGUUGCCCAAGGAAUUCUACAAGGGGCCUCUUGGCUGAACUGGGGCCUGGUAAAAGGAGCUGAGCUGACGGAAAAAGUCAUUCACAAAGGUGCUACAAAAUUAAGAGAACAUAUUCAGCCUGAGGACAGACCUUUGGAAGUCAACCCUACAGUGGCCAAGGGACUUCACGUGGCAAAGCAGGCCACCGGCGGUGCAGUGAAAGUCAGCCAGUUCCUAGUGGAUGGUGUCUGUGCCAUUGCGAGCUGUGUCGGCAGGGAACUUGGGCCACAUGUGAAGAAACAUGGCAGCAAGCUAAUUCCAGAAUCUUUGAAGAAAGACAAGGAUGGGAAGUCUCCACUGGAUGGCGCUAUGGUGGUAGCAGCUAGUGGUGUACAAGGAUUUGCGACCGUCUGGCAGGGCCUGGAGUAUGCUGGGAAGAACAUAGCUAAAAGUGUGGCCACAGAGACCGUUCAUACCGUCAAAUAUAAGUAUGGAAAAGAUGCUGGGCACGCCACUCAUGAUGCCGUCAAUUCUGCGAUCAACGUUGGAGUAACUGCAUUUAACAUUGACCACCUGGGUGUAAAAGCCAUUGUGAAAAAAACUGCAAAAGAAACCAGCCAUGCAAUUUUGGAUGAAUACAAACUGAAUGAGAAACAAAACAAGAAGGAACCCCACUGA